AUGAAACUGUACAAACAACAUCUCUAUCAUAUAUCGAGCCUUCUCUUACUGCCUCUGCUAUUGGUUUUGUUGAUUCAUACGACUCGAGCAGAUGUUAUCACUGAUCCGGAAAUCUGUAAUAGCAAUGGAGAAUGCUAUCCGAAAAUAUUCAAAGCAACAGGGGAAUAUACAGAAGUACGACCUGACCAAGAGAUCCCUCCUGGUUUACUUACACGUAUCGACAUGGAAACUGGCAAGAAAUAUGCCAAACUAAACGACAAUCCUCCAAUUACUGACGUACAAGCUCUCGAUAUAUCCGAUGCUCAACUUGAUUCCGAAAACGGUCCUGCCUCUUUAUCUACAGGAUUUAAUUACAAUAACUCAUCCAGUCAGCCUAUCACUGGAUCUAAAAUCACUUUCCACGGAAACCUUCCUCAAAAUGACACUGAUUACCAUAUACCAAAUAAAAAAAUAUCACUAUCCGAACAUGAGCGAUUUGAUGAUUACCUGAGAAUUUUGAGGACUGAUAAUAUCGACAUGAAAGAAUUGCUUGGAGCUUUAGAGGGAUUGGAGGACUUGGUACAUGAACUAGAUUUUGGAAUAAAAUUUGCAAAUGGAGAGGGUUUGGAGUUGAUUGUCAAGUUGUUCGAUCACAAAGAGAACAAGGUUAAGAAAAUGGCGGCGAUUGUAGUUGGCAGCGCAAUGCAGAAUAAUCCCAAGGCUCAAUCGCUUUCCCAAACACACAACCUGAUACCAAUUCUUCUGAAAUUCCUAUCUACUGAACGCAAUGCACAGGUGGCAUCUCGCUUUCUCUACGCUCUAUCCAGCAUAGUUCGUGGCAGCUCAUCCGCAACCGAAUCCCUCGCACGUCAUCAUGGCCUAUCUGUUCUAAUCGAUACAUAUGUGUCCUCGACAAGUGACGACUAUAGAGCUAAAUGUGCCCUUUUCGUGACGGAUCUGCUUGAUCCGAAUAUGACGGCAGCAGAUAAGAUUGUGUAUUUAGAGCAAGGAGACAGGAUGAAUGUUCUAUCAGAGACUGGAGUUCUGAGCGAUUGGUGCGAUGUAUUCCAGACCACUCUUUUUGAAGAGGGGUCCGGAAAUGCUAGAGAUAUAAAAUUCGAUACACGGGAAAAAGUGCUGGGUGGAUUGGUUAUGAUUAAGAAGAGAUUUCCUGAAUUAUGCGAGGCUGCAGAUGGUUUGAGGAUAUGGCUAAGCGGGCAGAAAACUGUUGCAAAUGAAGAAGAAUUGGACGACUAUUAUAUCUUUAUUGAAAAAGCCAAGAAGCUGUUUGACUUUAGUUAG